AUGUCCUAUUUAACUGUUAUUUGCCCAAAUUAUUUCGAGAAAAAUAUAAUUUUUAUACUUGUAAUUAACGGAUUUCAGUUUAAUCAGCAAUUCCUAAAUUAUAUUUUAGUUGGUUCGGGUUCGGGUGGAUCAGUCCUAACCAAUAGAUUAUCCAAAAAUCCCUCCAUCAAUGUUCUUUUGUUAGAAGCGGGCGAAAGACCAGCUCUAAUAUCCGAAAUUCCAUUUCUUCAUAUGAGUGCAUUAGCUACUAAAUAUAAUUGGGAUUUUCCUACUGUACCGAGCAGAAGAAUUGCUCAUUCUAUAAAAGGAAGAUCAUUUAAUUUAGGAGCCGGAAAAGUUUUGGGUGGAACACCAAUGCUUAAUCAUAACCUAUACGUUCGUGGAAAUAGAAAAGAUUACGAUAAUUGGGCUAAGAACGGUGCAAUUGGAUGGGAUUGGAGGAAUGUUUUUCCUUAUUUCCUCAAGAGUGAAGAUAAUCGAAACCGUAGAAUUGUUAAAAAUGGUUAUCACGGAGUAGAUGGGGAGUUAAUUAUUCAAUAUCCACCAUUUCAUACUCCAAUGGUGAGAGGUUAUUUGAGAUCAGCAAAAGCAAUUGGAUAUUCUCUAGGAGAUUAUAACGCAGCAAAUCAAGCAGUCUUUAUGCCUCCUCAAGGUACAAUUAACAAAGGAAGAAGAUGGUCGACACUUCAUGCGUUUAUUAAUCCUGUAGUUGGAAGAAGAAACCUUGAAAUUGUUACAUCAGCUUAUGUUACUAAAAUAUUGAUCGAUGAACAUAAUCGUGCGUAUGGAGUAUUGUUCGAUCACUACAACAAAACCUUUAGAGCAAUUGCAAUGAGAGAAGUAAUUAUAUGCGCUGGAACAUUUAAUUCUCCCAAACUUUUAAUGUUGUCAGGUAUUGGGCCUAAAGAAGUUUUAAACAAAUUUCGUAUACCCGUAAAAUCGGAUCUACCUGUUGGCAAUAACUUAAUCGAUCACGUAUCUACAUUGGGACUUCAAUUCAUCGUCGAUACAUAUACUUUUAAAGAAACAAGAAUCACAAAAGAAGAUUUUACGGAUAUUUUAAUCAAUGGAACAGGACCGUUGACUUCUUUGGGAGGUGUAGAAGUAAUCGGAUUUGCGAAUUCUAAAUAUAAUAAAGAUUUAGAUUGGCCCGAUUUGGAAAUAUUUUGGGUAUCGAGAUCAGUUUCUUCAGACAGCGUCUUAAGAGAAAUGUCUGGAGCUGUCGAAGAACUAGAGAAAAUUUUUGAGAAAUAUUCAUAUCUAGAUACAAUUACUUGUAUCCCGAAUCCAACACGAGUUAAGAGCAAAGGAGUGGUAACUCUUCAAUCUACCGAUCCAUAUGAAUAUCCACUAAUUGACCUAAAUUAUUUUUCGCAUACUGAUGACUUAAAAGUUUCUGUUGAAGGUUUAAAAGUCUGUUUACAAAUGGCAUCAUCUAAGCCCAUGAAAAAGCUGGGUGUUCGUCCCCUACCAUAUGUAAUUCCAGGAUGCGAGAAAUAUGAGCUCUUUAGUGAUAAUUAUUUGGGAUGCAUGCUCAUAGCAUUCCCACUUCCAGCACACCACUUCGCAGGAACGUGCAAAAUGGGGCAUCCUAAAGAUCCUACUACAGUAGUAGAUCCUACACUCAAAGUGAAAGGAGUUCAAAACUUGAGAGUGGUCGAUGCGUCUAUUAUACCAAUUAUGAUAGGAGGCCAUACGAAUAUUCCAACUAUAAUGAUUGCAGAAAAAGCUGCUGACUUCAUACUAGACGAUUAUUUUAGUAGUAGAAAUAAAUGA